UUCUGAUGGUGAGAAUUUACCUUUGAAGAAUCUUUGAAAUAUCUGAUAUCAAAAAUCUGAUAUCUCCCUUUCCAUCAUAUAUCUUCCUCUUCUAUCAUUCCUGCCAGAAUCCUUAUCCGGAAAACGAGGGAAUUCUAUUUUCUGAUAGAUUGAAUGCAAAUUUUUUUGAAUCAGACAUACACGAAUCUCAGUGAAUUUAUGUAAAUAUACAACUGAUAAGCUGCGAUGGGCGAAGAAGCGAAAAUUGGUGACUACGGCGGCGGAAAUGAGGACAGGGUGGCGGAGUGGGAGGAAGGCCUUCCGAGCGCAGAUGAUCUCACUCCACUGUCACAGGCGUUGAUCCCGCCGGAAUUGGCUUCGGCGUUUCGGAUUCCCCCGGAGCCGUGUAGAACUAUGCUGGACGUUAAUCGCGCAUCGCAGUCGGCGUUUUCUUCUCUCCGGGGAGGUCAGUCUCAAACGCUCUCAUCAUCUCCGAAUAAUUUGAAUCUCAAGCCGCUCAGCGAUGAGAGGAACAGGGAGCAGAUCUCCGCGGACGACGAUACGGAUCCGAGCCGGGACGGAUCCGAAUCGAGGAAGGCAAGGAGGAUUGAGUUCGGAGGGGGAGCGGAGGAGGCCGAUUCGCCGACUCCGAACGAGAGUGGCGCCGGCGACGAUCCGUCGGGGAAGUCGCAGAAGAGACCUAGGCUGGUGUGGACGCCGCAGCUGCACAAGAGGUUCGUGGAUGUGGUGGCGCAUCUCGGGAUAAAAAACGCGGUUCCGAAGACGAUUAUGCAGCUGAUGAACGUGGAGGGGCUGACGCGGGAGAACGUCGCGAGCCAUCUGCAGAAAUACAGGCUGUACCUGAAGAGGAUGCAAGGAUUGUCCAACGAAGGACCUUCCUCCUCAGAUCAUCUGUUUGCCUCCACGCCUGUGCCGCCUCAAACCACACAGGAUUCCGGCGGUAGCAUCCACCCAAUCCCACCCAUUCCAAUUCCAUUUCCGGCUCUGCCCCAGGUGCAAAUGAUGCCAAUGCCCGUGAUCGGGAUGCCGGCUCAGGGGCACAAUGGGCAUUUUGGGAUUCCAAACGGCGGAGCAUCAAAUGCCUUCCACCAUCACCAGUACAAUCUGAUGCAGCAGAGGGGUUGGGCAGGGAGCAGAUAUGGGGCAUAUCAUAAUCUUUCUCCUGCAGAUUAAUAAUGCUGUGGCUCAAGAACGAGUGAGGUUAGGUUCUUUCAUCGUAUGAGCUUUUAAUGCCAUUUUCUUAAGUAUAUACACACAAUAAUAAUAUACUCUCUCAUGCUGAAAUUGUCAAAUUGGACAGAUUUUUAGUAGAUGAUUGGAAGUAGUAUGAUUUUGUUAAGCGGUUUCAGUUCAUUACCUGAAAAAAGGAAAGAAUAUGUAUAUCAAUAAAUUAAGUUUCCCCUAUUGUGUUCAAGAAUAGAUGUAUUGGUUCUUCCAUAGAAUAUGAUUAGUUUGUAACAAUUGCCAGUUGGAAUUGGAUACUAAUCUUUAGAGAGAAACUUAUUGGUUCAAUUG